GUUUUCGACCACCUCGUAACUGAUACCUAGAUCUUGGUCGACGAUAUCUUUGCAUCCUGACACACACUUGUGCUCUCUUUUCCCUCAAUCCUCGCCUGGAGGUCGGGAAAACCUUGCUGCAUGUAUUCUUCGACGGAUCUUCGACAUGGGCGCCCCGCUGGCUCACCCCUUUUGAACGCAAUAGGAGCUGGCUUGGAUGCAGGGCUAUAAAUCCAAGAUCUAUUCGCGUUUCCUCUGUCAAUGCGAAUUAUCAAAUACCGUUUUCACUUCCACAAAAUGACCAGUAUCAACGCGACCUACUUCAAAGGCUCUGAGAGGUCGGGCAUCGUCGAGACCCACGCGACGCGCGAGCCACCCAAAGGCAAAGAGGUGCUCAUCAAAAUCACGCACUCGGGGAUCUGCGGGACGGACGAGCACUACAAGACGGCGGACAUGGUGCUCGGGCACGAGGGCGUCGGGAAGGUUCUGCAGGUCGGGGACAAGGUCACUCGGUUCAAGGUCGGGGAUCAUGUUGGGUGGGGUUACAUCCACAAGACCUGCGGCACAUGCCACGAGUGCAUCACAGGCGAAGACCAGUACUGCCAGAAUAAAGAGAUGUAUGGCACGCACAACUUCCAUCAAGGCUCGUUCGGGACGCACGCCAUCUGGGAAGAAACGUUCCUCUUCUCCAUCCCCCAGGGGAUCGCACCGGAGCACGCUGCUCCUCUGAUGUGCGGCGGCGCCACCGUCUUCGAGGCUAUCGAGAAGUACAACAUUCGACCGACUGAACGUGUCGGCGUCGUGGGCGUUGGCGGUCUCGGGCACCUAGCGAUCCAGUUCCUUCGCAAGAUGGGCGCAGCCGUUGUCGUCUUCUCCUCCACGGAAGGCAAGCGCAAAGAAGCCAUGAAGCUGGGCGCGACCGAGUUCUACGCCACCAAAGGUGUGACCAAGUUCGAGAACGUCAAGCUCUUGGAUCAUCUCUUGGUGACCACGAAUUUCGUGCUUGACUGGGAGCCAUUCUUCCCCAUCAUCCGACCGAAAGGCGGGAUCUUCCCCUUCACCGUGGCGAAUAAGCUCGAGAUCCCUGCCAUGCCGAUCAUCCUGCGCGGGAUCGCCAUCCAGGGAACGGUUGUCUCGGGUCGCGCCGUCCACGAAGCGAUGCUGGAGUUCGCUGCCCGGAACGACGUUCGGCCUGUGGUCGAAUGCUUCCCGAUGACCCGCGCUGGAGUCGAGGAAGGAAUGACCCGCCUCCGCGAUGGCAAGAUGCGAUACCGGGGAGUGCUUGUUGCCCAGUAAUCUGGCGACCUCAAUUGUAACAUCACAUUCUGUAUGAAUAAAGUGAUUUGUACUUUUGUACCAUUUCGAUGGCG